GUGGUUUUGCGGGCCAUUCGUAGCCGCUCGGGCAAAAGUCUUCUGCAAAGCCUCCGUGCCGGGCAGAAACUCCCCCUGUUCGAGUUGAAAAAGAAAGACAAAAACCAACAACGCGAGCUAGAAGGUCGGCCGACUUGGAGAAGAAGAACGGCGAACACGGCGAGGCAGCGCAAGAAAUCCGGUUGCCAAAGAACCUCACGGGGCCUGUGUAUCGUACCGAUGGCAUCAACUCGGCUCGGCUGGUGAGCCCCAAUGGUUCCGUGGGUUCGCGUACACAUUCCGUCAGUAGUGUGCCCCGAGAACUCGUGCAGUGCAAAGUGCUGUGGAAAUCUUGCUCGAAAGCAACAACGACUUGCGGGCGUACAAAUCGGAGCAGAAAAGUUCUCCGUUGCCCGCUGGUGUUCACUUCCACCAAGAUGUGGCACCAUUUAUGCUGACUUUAUCACACUAAAUUCCUAUUCAAGUGCCUUUCCGUGGGUGUGUGUGCGUGUUUGUAUGUGUGUUUUCCUUCGAAGGUAUCAGAGCACGAAUGGUUUGCUCCGCUCCUCGCUGACAAACGCAUAAAGAGGAUGUCCCCGAUCGAUCCCGAUUUUCCGAUAGCCUGGCUUCCUCCAAAACCCGGCACCGGUUUAGCAAUCGUCCAGUGAGUGAGUGCUGAUCGAAAGCGAAAGUGUCAAAUCCGUCGAGAGAUACGUAGGAGAUUCGGCACAGCCAACAGCCAAAUUGGAGAGCUAGAGAGUGAAUAUACAACACACAAAAAAAAUCAUACAAGACGAAUCAAGAACGGGUAGUGAGCGAAAACGAGAACAAACGAUACAGACACGACGCACACGGUUUCCAUCAAAGGCCGUAGGUUUUUGGAAGUCCGUCACCGAAUCCGUCACCGUGCCUAACACCAUUAGUAGUAGUCAGUGGCAGCAGUACCAGCAGCAGCAGCAACACCACCAGGGUCGAUUUGAGAGGAAACACCGUGCCCAGGACAUUCGAUUACUGUUGCGGGCCGUAGCCGGAAAACUUCCAUUUUCCAAAAUUGUUCCGUGCGUGGGCUUUCGACCCGGGGUGGAUUGUAUGUCCCCUCGUAAUACGUGUACGUACCAUCGUGUGUCAGCUGUGAGUUUGCUAAUAAUGUGUGCAGUCCUUUCUAAGCGGACGUUCUAAACGCCCGUAGGUGUGCGUGUGAGUCUACUUAAGGAUUAUUUUGUAAGGAUUUGUACGAAUCCGAGCUAUUCAGCGGAAUAGAAACCCCGUUACAGAUACUUUGGAGUUAGGUAGUAGGACAAAGAAAACGAGAGAAUAGAUAGAGAAUACAAGAACACAGUUUGUGUGUCCUCUCUGUGUAUGUGUGUGUGUGUGCCUCAGUGGAGGAAAAUCAAGAGCGUGUGAACUGAGCGAAGGGAGAACAAACUCCAGUAUUCUUUGUUGUGUUUGCCGAAGGUGACUUUGGAAGUGUCAAGUGUGUGCCCGCAUGUGUGCCUGUGUCUCUACAUAGUAUCACUCUAGGACAUACCGGUGUUUUUUUUUUGUUGGUCUUUCUUCACUUGUCCUGUUUCUUCCAUUCCCCGUGUUAGACUGCACUGGCGUAGCCAAAAUGCCAGGCCUAUUUCCGUCGAGCGUAAUUGACGGUCACGACUCGGGCACCGAGUCCGAUGGUGACCUGGAUCAGGAAGACGACCUGAUACAGGAGCACGAGAUGGAGCUAAGUUUAAGUUCCCGGCAGGACACUGUUUCACCGACCGAUACGGCCUGUUCCUCAGAGUCGCCCGCAUUUCUCGGUCCAUCCUCGUCGCAUCUGCUGCUGUACGAUCAGAACAGUUCCGAAGAGGAGCUGGAGGUGAUCAAUGGCAGUGCGGGCGAUGUGGGUAGCUGUGCUAUCGAGGUGGGUAGUGUCAGUGGUGUGCCUAGCCGGUUGAGUGGAGGAACUAUCGCCGGUAUACUACCCAUCAUGGCAGCACACGUCGAUGAUGACGAGGAGGACGAAGAAGAGGAGGAGGAGGAAGAGGAAGACGAUGAUGCCACCGAAGAUAUCGUGGAUGAGGAUGAGGAGGAUGGCGACUACGCGUCACCGGCAACGGCAACAACACCGACGGCGAUGGGAACAACGGCAGCGACAAUCAUCGAAAGUACGACAGGUGCCAUGGACACGAGUAGCAGUACCACCGGCAGCAGUAACAACAGUGGCAACAGUAUUGUACGGGGACAGUUCAUGGUAAUCGGUAAUGCGUGUGACGACAGUGGUACCGAACCGUUGGACGAUUUUGCUGAGGAGUUGUCUAGCCUGACGGCAAAUCCGAACGUUUCGCUGACACCGUCAUCGGUCACCAAACACCAGAUCUCAACGGGAGCCGGCAAACGAAUGGGCAGUGUGAGCAGUUUGCUGGAGAACCGUAAAAGAUCCUUAGCGCACAAUUCGGAUGAUGAGGUCCGCUAUCUGCUGGAACAGCAACAGCCACAAUCGAUCCAGCAACAGCAGCAGAAACAGCAGCAGCAACAGACCCAUCAUCAUCCACUCUCACAUCAAUAUCAUCACCACCAACAUCAUCAUCAUCAUUCGAUGCGUCAACAGCACCACCAUCAGGAACAGCAGCUACACCAUCAGGACGAGUUGCUGCAGCCGGAAGAGACACCGCUCUCGGCACCGGUCAAUUUUCGUACGUCACCACCUCUAGAAGCUUUAAAACCACACCGUGGCCAUAUACUGCAACGCUCGACGACACCGCUGGUGCUGAGCGAGGGAACCGGUGCCGGUCCUACCGGUACCAACGGGCUCCUACCGACCACCGGAUCCUCACUGCUGUCGUCGGCUGCUUCCUCUCUCUCGUCGCUGAGCGGCACCGGUAUAAGCGGGUUCUACGGUACCGGCAGCAACAGUAACGGUGUGCAUGGUGGUAGCGCCGGUGGCCUUCGAUUCGGUCUCGUCCGACGCCCCAUUGGCUGUGAUAGUCCUCUGACUGCUGUGUGCCAUCGCAACAGCACCAAUCCUCCGCCACCACAUGGCGGUGGCACCAGUAGCCUCGGGUCCGGUCUUAGUACAACAACGCGAACAUCAUCAUCAUCCACGCCAUCGUCACUGUCUUCGGCACCGGCCUCGUUGGUACGGCUCGGUGCCGGCACGGGCAGCCCCGAACCGGGCGGAGGCAGCAACACAACCCUAGUAACGAAUAUGGACAUCAGCCGGUCCGUUAGUCCACCGGCGAAGAUGUUCCACUGUGCUGUUUCACCGCGGCGGCGCCAGUCUCGCCAUCAGCAGCAACGGUUGCAGCGACCCCAUAGGCCAUGUUUAGAUUUCGAUAAGAUGCAACAGCUUAAGGCACGUUCCGUGACAACCUGGCGUCACAGCAACGAGCAUUCGGGCGAACUGUCCGUCUUCUGCUGGUGAUGAUGAAUGAAGAGCAGCCUCUCCACCGGUCGUGGCCACCAGUCGUCGACAUUAUGGCGCCGGUGCUUUCCACUAGAUGGAGGAGUCGUUGCGAAAGUUCAAGCAAAGAUCAACCUAAAGGUGGUGAGAUGGUUUGUACGAAUCUCACCAUCAAUCGGAACAACACUGUGCGUUUUACAGCGAAAUAUUGGGCACGACGUUUCUUCACGAUCUACACGGCAGGUUGCUUCGUUUGGCGUUGGCUGUGGUGCAAUUAGUGUCCUGAAGCAAUUAGAUAACUUGCGUGGCGUGAGGAUGCGUCCCGGUGUCGUUUGUAUUUUUUAGAGGAAAAGCAAAAGAAAGUAAGAGAUCAUUUCUCAUCAGUGAGGAGAAGUGCAGUAUGCAGGAUGCGAAUACUUUCGCAGCAUUAAUUUUAUGUGUUAGUGAUGUCGUUAAUGAGCCUGCCUGGAGGAAGCAACAGCAAGAGACAUAUAGUACAAGCUUUUUUUCUUCGUUUGUUUUUAACGCAAUAUGUUGUGACCGUUGGUGGAAAGCUGCAGGAAAGCUGUUUUAGAAGCGUGUAAGCACGUUACAUUAGAUUAGAAAGGGGUCAGACCGGGCCUCACCAUAUUCCCGAUGAAUCGUCUCUGCGAAGCAGCAGCAGAAGCAUGUGGACAUGCUUCGACUAACAGUUAAUCAGUGAAUGUGUUUUGUGUGUUUUCUUUUUUUUUAAAUCCCCUUAUUCUUAAUGACAUUUUCAAAGCAAUUUUGUGAUUUUAAUCGUUAGCAAUGUGUAUUAAGUUUGAUCGUUUAUAUUUUCCAAAAACCUACUCUCUCAGUUUUUAACAAAACAACUGAUCCCGGUCACAUUUUCCGAAGGUGUCCGCUGCUCGCAAUGUGCACUAGGAACUAGGAACUAGCGUAAAACAUCCGUGUUUAGGUACAGUGGGGUCGAAUUGUUCGAUUGAUACGUCGCCCAGUUAUUAGGCGAAACUGACCGUUACGGGGCUAGUUCUACUCAGGGACAUACAAUACGCAAAACCGCACACUACAAGCACCUAUUGCAACAAAAAAGGCAGUUACAAUGUGGCCGUAGCGGGGUUACGCGCCAGAGAACACAUUUGUUGGGUUGUAUAAAAUGCAGUUAGCUAGCAGAACAAGCUACCAAAGAGAUCCCAGAGGAAGAUGAGAGAUGGGGCGAGAAAGAGCACCUGCUUUAAAGCAAGAACAUAAAGUGCAACUAGGACAAUAGGGAGGUAAAAAAAAAUCAUCAUCUGGGCGUGCCAAACGAAAGGACGCGCGCGCAUUGCAUAUCCAGUUGAGCGUUUUAUCCGUUUUUAACCGAUCGAUGCAAAACGGACGUUGGUGAACAGUUUUGUUUACACUAUAGCCCAAGGGCGAAGAUAUGAUUGUGAGGUAUCGAGUUGAAGCCGAGAGCAAUUUACUAAUACCUGCCAUGUCCGUUUGCAGUGCACGAUAGCAGCAAGAACAGCAAACACAAUUGUCACAAAAAAGAUUCUAAUGUUCAUCAUACAACAGAUAGAUACAUCAAUCAAUAGAGAUAACAAAUUAUAACCAGCCAUAAAGGUAGAGAGUGUAAGGAAAGGGGAAGCGUUCGGACGGAUCGGCACUUUUAGGAAACAACAAACUUACAAAUCAAAUUGUGUUCGGCCGAUCCGUACCAAACAUGGUUUGGUAUCUGAAGAAAAGCUUAAUAGAAUGCGGAUAAACAAACAUCAUACUACUCUCGCCAUCCCGGGUGAUCACACGUCUAAGAUGAUCAUCACUCAUCGUUACAUGUUGUAGAUCGGCAUGUAACAACAGUCAAGCAUUAAAAAAAGGAAAACAAACUAACAACCACACCCCAAACCGAGUUACAAUAAUCAACGGUAAAGAAACCAAUCCGACAUCAACAAGCCACAAUACUGCCGUGUUGAGCGAACGAAAGCGAACCUAGAACAUCCCUUAUUCGUACUGUUUGUCAUCUGUGAAAUCGUUCGUCGUAGGAGCAAGUUUUCAAAAGUGCGUACCAUUAGAAGUUAGUAGAACCACGUAUUGUUAGAUCGGAUUGUUUCUUUUUUUUGUCAAAUCCUGGUUCCUGUUACAAGCGAAAAUAGAAAACCGGCGGGGAUUUGGUAUGCAAAACAUUGCCGUUCAAUAUCAUAACUGCCCCAUUAGAAGCACACAGCGAAAGUAGAGAAAAUUAUUCUGCAAGUAUUGUUUUUUUUUAAAUUGUGUUAUUGCCAGUAAGCAUAGUUGAAUGACGCCAUGAAAUGUUUUUUUUUUCUAAGACCGGUCAAGAUUGUAUGUCAGGAUGUAACAUUGAUUUUUGGCCCCCGUAUGUGUUGAAGGACAAUUGAAGAGACGUUCAUUCGACUUCACCAGGCGCGUCUAAAAGGCUUCUUUUAGGCUGGUCCACUAGAAACCAACACACGGAAGGCCCUAGACUGAGACUGGCUGUGAUGGUGGAUGGAUGCAAUUGACAUAAAGGGCGCUGAACCAACCUAAAACGGUUUCGGACACAAGAAACAUUUGCCCUGGCAAGUUAUGCAUAAUAUGUCAGCCAUCACCAUAAAAGAGUCGGAUGUAGAUUAGGCGUUGGUUUGUGUUUUUCUCUCGUUUUUUGUGUGAAAAGGAUAUGGAACAAAGCAUGGAAGGUUGAAGGUGAGAUAAAGCAAGCAAGGAAAAGUUUAACAAUUUGUGAAACAGAAGAAAAACCAGACCAGACGCGAUGACCACGUUGAAGAAAAUGGAUAUCAAACUAGCAUUUUACAAUUACUAUUACAUACAACAAUAAUACAAACAAACAAAAAAUCACACGCAAGUAGAUAUAUCUAUAUUUUACCGAAAAUACUAAGUAAAAUUGCAAACGACACGAUUCAGUAGCCGCAAACACGAAAACGAACAGUGACAUUACCCAGAAAGAGUAAAGCAGAAGAAGCUAAAAGACUUGUUUGUUUGUUAGUGUCGAACCGGUCAGCUUUGAGUUUUAAUGGCGUACCCCGACCAUAACGGCAACGCAAUUCAUAUCGUUUAAAUAGGAAAGUGCGUAAAAUGGUUCUCAGUGCACACCGGCGCGUGUGUUCGGUGCCAAUGGAAAGUAACGAAUUGGCUGUUUAAUUUGUUGUUGUGUAAAAUUUGUAGCACGGUUAGUGUAAGCGGUUAUAAAUGAAAGUGGCGCACUGAUCGUGGAAACGAACGUUUAGAAUGGUACCCUUUUUGAUUAGCCUGUUUCGUUCGUUCGUCAGGACUUGGGCAAAACUUUUGCGAAUAUUUUGUUUUCCUCCAUCAAUUACAGGAAAUGGAACUUUGUUUCGAAAAUGAAAAACUUAUUAAAAAUAGCCACUUGAUGCGUGUGCAACUUUCGUAUCAUAAUAAUGAUAGUAAAUUGAUGUUUGUUUUUGUUUUUCAUUGUGACAUAAAAAUGGAGGCAAAUUAGUAAUGAAAAAUGGAACCGUUAAAAUAGUAACGGCGAGAAGAAGAAGAAGAAAAAACAGUCAAGAACAAUCUUGGCACGGAUUGGAAAAAAUAGUGUGUACAGUUGAUGGCCAAUUUCGUGGUGCGCGUGGACAUGGUACCAUGGUUUUACGACGGGAGUUUUGUAUCAUACGCGUAACGGUAACUAACAAUUAACAAAUAAC